AUGAUCAGGACGCAUCGGCCGAGGGGCCACGCCUGGAAUUGCGCCUCCGUCUUCCAGCAGACCAAGCUGUUUCGCCACAUCGACCUGAACGAGUGCGAGCCACCGCAGGACCAGAUAUUGGGAGCUGAUCCACGCAAUGGCUGGGACGUGACUGAAAGAAGAGCCAAACGACAGCGGAUUGAGAAGCUGGCCGACGACUUUCUGAAUGGCAGCCAGCUCCACAUCCACUCGGCCAGGCUGGACCCACAGCGCUUGAAGGCCGCCUUGACUCUUUCCCUUGCAAGGCCCAGAGAUGCAAAAGCAGCUGUGGAAGAGAUCCAUGUGCAGGAGAAAUCCGAUGCUGUCUGGGAGGAUGUAGACGACGAUCGAGAGGUUUUGAAGGCGCUGGCAUCUGCGAGGAGAAGUGGUAAUGGAGAUGGCACGACUGCGGUCGAGAAUGAUGUCCCUGUCUCUGGCGAGAUAGCGAUAAUCGAGGCCCAAGCCAGCUGUGGUCCGAAGAGGCGUCUGAGAUCUGGCAAGGUGAUAGCAGGACCCAGUGAGGAAGCGCUUCGGAAAGCUGCAGAGCUUCGCAACCGCCGAUUUCGACCAUCGGGUGUCGACGUCGCCCACGAGUCCCAGAUACAGUCCUGCCUGCGACCAGUCGUCCCAGAGACCCAAGACCUGCCUACUGAGUCAUCAAUUGUGGACUCUGCUUCAGACUGCGGUCCUACACCUACACCAGGAUGGACGAGUUCCAAGUGGCUCCAAAGCGGUGCUUUCCAACUGCCUAAGAAGAGUGUGGAUGAAGACUGCAGUAAAGAUGAGCUGGGUGCCACCUCGAUCUUCGCGCCCUCACAACGAUCUCGCACUCGCACUCGCCCACUGACCAGAACAGCCUCUGCUUCGAAUAGAUCCACCUCUUCGGAUCUCCACGAUUCUUGUACGUUACAAGAAACUGUGACACAGGGUACUAGUGCAAGCAUUCCAUCUGCCGCAUUGAUUCCAGAGACGUCACAUCCUUCGCGAGCAGUAUCCCUGACCCAGGACGAGAGCAUGUCAUGCAAGCAACCUGGGCCAACUGCAGAAGACAAUAGCCAGACGGAGCUGCUUCACCGCCAAGGUCUUCAUGUGGCUCCGCGAAAGUCUUGGGUUGCUGUCAACGAAUCUUCAAUGGCUCGUGGUGAAUCUGACCAAGGGGACGGAUACUCGACUGGCCAUGCAGCAGACCUUGUUGAAGAACCAGCGCAAAUCGUUCGCAAAGCUUCAAAAGGAAGAUCAACAAAGUCGACAGGGAACACACAGUCAGUAAAGGAUGCCGAACAGUCUACGAGGCGACGAUCAGCACCGUCAGAAUCUCAGCGUCAAGUGGAAGUGGACGCAACAUUGCCUACCAACCCGAGAGUAGACGCCUUACGAGAUGGAGCACAGUACAACUCGAUCGCUGUCGGCGGUGCUUCGCCAUUUGUGUAUCGCAAGCGCACCACAAACUCGAACGGCAAUACACCCGAAGUUGAGUCUGUCAAACCGCCUCCACAUCAGCCAAGCAAGACUCCUCGAAGAAAGAUGGUCUUUCCAUCUUCAGACAGCCCCCGUCUCAAUGUGCUCGCGCCACAUACUCCUCUUGCCGACGAACAUCUCAACAAGAUCCUCCCCAAAGAUGCGACUUCUGGUCCACGCUCAUCCGCUGCUAGAAGAGCUCUUCGUGAAGAGCUUCGAGCAUCAGGGGCAGAGAUUUCAAGAUGCGCGGAUGAUCCCUCAUCGUCGCAAGGAGAACCUGCGGCUGAGCAUGAGCACCAAGAGGCAACUUCCGCCGAAGAUUCGACUACUCUUCGAGAGUAUGUUGCUUCACCUGAGCCAAUGCCAGUCCAGAAUUUCGAGUACCAACCAGCUUGGCCUGGUACCCAAGAUCAACUAGCACAGGCAUACAAGAACCUGUUCAGUUCACCAGACAAGACUGAUACCACUUUGUACCUGGGAGAGAAAGGCACACCUGGAACUGCCAUGGGACCUGACGGCGACACCAAGUCAGGGCGAAGGCCACUGAAGCAACUGUCACAAGAACCUAUACCUAUGCCAAGCACGCAAGCUCUCCUGGAUGGCUGGGAAGGAUGGUCAACGAUCAAGAAGCCCAGGUCUGGAGGCAAGCGGUCGAGCCUGGUGCAGUCGCCUACCAUGGGCAAAGGCGCCGUGAUCAGCUCCGACCCAGGCCAGUCACUCAAUGCUGCAGACAGAAGGAGAAGCAGUCUGCGCUAUUCGAUGCCUACUUACGAGUCGCCUGGAAAGACUCCAGCGAAAGACAUCAACUCACUACCCACACCCAGACUAGACGCACCUCAGCCAGUGCAACAGUCACUAGGCUCUAUGAAAUCCGCCACCAGACGCAGCACCGGCGGCGCGCCCUCUUCGCUCUGCUUCGGCUUCUCAACCCUCGACUUACCAACAGCCGCACCGCAACCAAAAGAGACGGGACACUUGUCAAAGACACUCGAAGACCUCAGCUUUGGCCAAACCAUGAGCAGCAUCCAACCGCCACAGCGGCAGCCCGAACCAGACUGCUAUUCCCAAGAUCUUGACCUCACCAUCACGCAAAUCGCAGAUAACAUCCUAACGACCGGCGUAGAGAGUUUCACGACAAGCGAGCACGGAAACGGGACAUUCAGCUUCUGA